AAAACAUGCGGAGAAUAUUCAGUCAGAACUGGAUCAAUAUACUGUUGACGUUUUUGAACAUUCAGUCCUCUGUCUUAAUCAAAGCCUUGAGGAAGGUAGUCCUCGCUGCAGCCUGACGGGUGUUUUUCAGAGGUAAGGGGGUGUGUCUGUGUCCCAUACGGGUAUCUGCCUUCAAGAGACUGAGCAGAGGCGGGAAAUGGCGCCUGGCAACACAACGAUGUGUCGUUUCUGAGACGGCCCUUGAGUAGCUGGACAGAAAAAGUCGGAUCGGAGCACGAAAACAAGCACUACCAGUCAGAAGUGAUGGUCAAUCGGUAUUGAGUUUCUAUCGCCAGACACUGCGGAUCGCUGUAAACCUUACAUGUGACUGCUAAAACAAUGAGGCUGAGAAUGCGUAAGGCUUCUCAGCAGCCGAACCCCAGUCUGGCAAGCCGCCCAGCCCAUACCAAGCGGAAGCAUUCAGAAGUAGAAGAGGACACGCCUACUAGUGGAGGGAGGGGCUUGUUCUCCACCAUCAAGAAGUUCAUCAGAGGAAAUGCUGUUAAGGUGCAGCAGGAGAGCCCAGCCAAGAAGACACGCCUCCACUGUGAUGUGGACAAUAACCUGAUCACCUCUACAACCCCAAACACCAAUACACCCCGUAAGACUAUCAGCAGGGUUGGCCGGAGAGGCUCCCUGAAUGGACAGGCAACCAAUCAUGACAGAAGUAAGGAGAAGCCCAAUGGCAGUGUGGAGGAGACAACGGCCGUUGAGUUGCCCACAAGCCCUCCCAGAUCCACCCUUCUUGGGACCAUCUUUUCACCCGUUUUCAACUUUUUCUCACCAGCUAAAAAUGCCUCAACUGGCUCAGACUCCCCAGACCAGGCCUUGGAGGCUGAGGAGGUCGUCAAGCAGCUGGACAUAGAGCAAGAUGUGGAGACGCCCAGCAGCACAGCCACAUCCACACAGGAACUGUGUGCUGCCACCACUAACUUCUACUCUAGUGUGUCACAGCUGCCACCUAUGCGGCCUCCUCACAUCCCUGAGGUUUCUCCCACAGCAAGGGAAGAAGAGCUCUGUGCUGAUGCUGACCUUCCUCCCCUCACAGCUCCAGGCUCCAGUCCAGAUAUGGCAUAUGUGGACUCUCCGCCUGCUACAGUACCAACGGAGGCAACCUAUGAGGAAGACUGGGAAGUCUUUGACCCAUAUUUCUUCAUCAAGCACGUCCCUCCACUGACAGAAGAGCAGCUCACUCGUAAGCCGGCCUUGCCACUGAAAACGCGCAGCACGCCUGAAUUCUCUCUGGUGCUUGACCUGGAUGAAACAUUGGUUCACUGCAGUUUAAAUGAGCUGGAGGAUGCAGCACUUACCUUUCCUGUCCUCUUUCAAGAUGUCAUUUACCAGGUGUAUGUGCGCUUGAGGCCGUUCUUUAGAGAGUUUCUGGAACGCAUGUCUCAAAUCUAUGAGAUCAUCCUUUUUACCGCCUCUAAAAAAGUGUAUGCAGACAAACUGCUUAACAUCUUGGACCCUAAAAAGCAGCUAGUGAGACACAGGUUGUUUCGUGAGCAUUGUGUCUGUGUCCAGGGAAACUACAUCAAGGACCUCAACAUCUUGGGCAGAGACCUGUCAAAGACGAUCAUCAUUGACAAUUCACCGCAAGCCUUUGCAUAUCAGUUGUCCAAUGGGAUUCCCAUAGAGAGCUGGUUCAUGGACAGGAAUGACAAUGAGCUGCUGAAGCUGGUGCCCUUCCUGGAGAAGUUGGUUGAGAUGAAUGAGGACGUGAGGCCGCAUGUUCGGGAGAGGUUCAGGCUUCACGACUUGUUGCCCCCUGAUUGAACUUGACCGCAGUCUCUCGGAACGGGACAACAUGAAAAGACUGGGAACAACAUGCGUGUAAAAAGCCCCUCUUUGGAUUACAAACUACAACAUUGCCAUUACUGUUAAAAUGUUAGCCUUUCUUUUUUUUUAAACUAAAACAUUUUUUUUUAAAUCUGGGUGAAACUUUUUAAAUGUUUAGAUGAAAUUACCCAUGCUAUGAACAAGCCCCAGGUAAACUCGUUUUUUUGACGGACUUUCCAGCUGUGGAGUCAGAUGUCUCCUCCACAUUAACUUCUGAAGUCUUGGUGCUGGUUUAGUGGAGAUGAAAAGGCAACCUGGUCAAGAGGAACUCCCCCCGACUGAGUCCCUGAACCCAAAACAACCCCUGGUGCUCACGCUGUUGACGAAUAUCCACACUCUGUGGCUAUAGAACUUUUUCAGCAGGAAUGACUGGCCUGUAAAUCAAUCUGUGCAUGUAUGUUGACUCUUACCCGUGCAAACACGCGCACACACACACACACACUGAUUUGGUGUUUGACAAACCUACAAUCUGUAGCCUUUACAAUCAUAUGCAUUCCUCCGUAGCCGAGUCAAGUUUCUAUUGUUGGUUGCAGUUUUUUGCUGGUAAAACUGGUGUUUCAUUGUAUAAAAAAAAAAAAAGAUAGCUUUUCAAAAUGUUUUCCUUCUGUAAGAUACGAUGUUUUAAAAGGGUUCUCGUAAGUUUUUUUUUAUUGUAAGCCUUUUUCCUACUAGGAGAACAUGGGUGCAUAUUAAUGACAGUCCACUGCAUCGUCAAACACAAUUUAAUUGUACCAAGACUUAAAGUAGAGUUUGUUCUCAUUCUAACAAAUGGAGGUUUGACGUGUUGGCAUCACUGUGGACACAACAUGGCUCCUUAUUUAAAUGUUAGGAUUACCUUACCUGUAAAUCUGACAGAUUGUAAAGGUUUAAGGGCAUUCGUUUUCAAAGUGACGUGUCAACAUUGGCCUUUCUUUAAUAUUAGUAUUUGAUUUGUAUAAUCAGUAUUGUCUUUAACUCCUAAUCAAGUAUUUGGGCUAAAAUCAGAGCUCGGUUUCUUUCAGUUGUGUAAUUUGAUGGCUAUAUCGGUAGCAUUAUGACUAAUGUAGCACAUCUCUGCCAGUGUGUCAUAAAGUCUACCCAUGGUAGACAUCUAUGGCCAGACCCUGUACCAGCCAUAUUUGGCACCAGCAACAUACUGUUGUAAUGGUCAGCUUCCCUGACUGCUCCUCUACAUGUUUCAUGUUUUUUUUACUUUGUAUUUUUAAGCUUUUUUUUCUAUUUUGAUUUUUUUUUUUAUGUUUAGUGCAGUUUUAAGCAAUGUGUUUUUAAGAAUGGUAACUAUAUGAAUGUGUUUAUGCCUGAAAUCAGCCUGGACACUCGACUUUAGACAAACUGACAUUUUACUCUGUUGUUUCAACUUAAUUUAUUUGAUAGUGAGACAAACAGUAGGCAGAAAUGUAGAAGUAUUGUUAGCAUCCUAACCUGGGACGGAAAGCUCAAUGCCUGACUAUCUUCUGUCAUCGCCCAAACACUCAAAAGUUGACUUGAAUCUCUGUGACAAUUUGGCAUGUGUUGUUGAACCUCGUUCAGUUUGAAGCUAAGUGCAUUUUUUAUUUUUAUUUUUUAAAGCAAAUGUGAGUGUUUUGGAUUGGUCUCAGUUGCCUGUACAGUGCCAUAAGCUUCCACACUUUAUAAUCCCCCGUCCCCCCUCAUGGCAUUUCCUGCGCUCUCACCCCCAAAAUGUUUAGAUGGAAAGAGACAAUCAGACCUCAAAGCUCUGCAGGUGGUGAACCCUGGAGACACAGCCAUCCCAUCCCCUCUUUCUUUUCUUUUUUUUCUCUCCCUGUGUGCUGUACAUGUUGUGUACUGUGAUUUCAUUAAGUUUCCCCCCCCGCCCCCCAUCAUUAAUUUACCAGGUGAGUCCUGAUGUGUUUCUUUUGUCACCCGGAGUUAGUAGCUCUUCAGAAAUUAAAAUUUUGUGUAUUAAAGUAAAAUUGUUACAGGGCACAAUGGUGAUUGCUCAGACAUACUGUUUAUAAGGUCACAUGUCCAGACUAUGAAUGUAAAUUGUACAUGGGGUGAAGUCUUAAGUGUUUAUUUUUUCCAAAUACCUUGUUUUGUUCUCUACGUCAACUAACAAAGAGGAUUCGUGGCAACUCGUGUCAGCGGCAAGAACAAUGUGAAUGAAAGAGGAAACAUGUCUCGGGGUCCCACCAAGGUUUGCCCCCACCCCCACCCACCUCCAUGACCUCUCACCCUCCUGAGUGCCAUCCUCCAGUAUGCAAGCCUCACUUUGAGUGUGCGAUGUAGCCCAGGUGUGCUCGGCCCCUCAGUGGAAAUGUAUAAUUCUAUCUCACCGCUUGUUUCUAAACGAUCGUUGGGAGGCGUUUGAUACUUUUAAUCCAGCUCAUUUUUAUGUGCAUUACCAGUUCAUUGUACACUGAGUGUUGAACAAUACAUGCAGCGUCAUGGUUUAAAAAAAAGUCCUUAAAGUAAGGGAAAUCUUUUUGUAUUUUUUAUUUCAAAAGGCAUGUCAUAUCUUUUUAAAUGUAUUAAUGAAGAUUUAACUACAUCAGAUGGAGUGUUUUUUUCUUUUCUUACAAAUAUCUGUAUGUUUAGUUUAGCGCAAUGUCACUGAACGGUUAAACUUAGCAUGUAGAGAGUACCGCCUGCUUUGUGGGAAAGUCCUGAAUUAAAUUUUAAUCAUGGCACUUUUUCUGCAGAAAAGAGCAAUCGUGUUAAUGAUUUUUUUUUUCUCCCUCGAAUAUCUGUUAAGACAUUUUACUUGCAAGAAUGGCUAAUUUUGCUUAAGAUGUAUUUAAAAAUGUUUUAAGACAUCUUUGUUAGCCGUCGGGCUAUAUGAUAUUGUGUGUGUGUAUAUGUACAGUUACAUUGAAUUUCUAAAAACAAAGUUUUAAAGUUAAAA